UUUCAGUGUGCGCACUUCACCUGUCCUCCUCAAGAGGCAGACUGUGGCGCAUCAGCAGCUCAGCCUCAGACAGCGGCACACCUCAGACACAAUCCUUCCCCAGACUUUGUGUCAUUACGUUGCAUGAUAGCGAAAAGCCAUCAUGCGUGAGUGUAUCUCCAUCCACGUUGGUCAGGCUGGAGUACAGAUUGGCAAUGCCUGCUGGGAGCUUUACUGCCUGGAACAUGGGAUCCAGCCGGACGGACAGAUGCCCAGUGACAAAGCCAUCGGUGGAGGAGACGAUUCCUUCAACACCUUCUUCAGUGAGACUGGAGCUGGAAAGCAUGUCCCCAGGGCUGUCUUUGUGGACCUGGAGCCCACUGUCAUCGAUGAGGUGCGCACCGGUACCUACCGCCAGCUGUUCCACCCUGAGCAGCUGAUCACUGGCAAGGAGGAUGCUGCCAACAACUACGCCCGUGGACACUACACCAUCGGCAAAGAGAUCAUUGAUCUGGUGCUGGACAGGAUCCGCAAACUGGCCGACCAGUGCACUGGCCUUCAGGGCUUCCUGGUUUUCCACAGCUUCGGAGGUGGCACCGGCUCUGGUUUCACCUCCCUGCUGAUGGAGCGUCUCUCUGUCGACUACGGAAAGAAAUCCAAGCUGGAGUUCUCCAUCUACCCAGCUCCCCAGGUGUCCACCGCUGUGGUGGAGCCCUACAACUCCAUCCUGACCACCCACACCACCCUGGAGCACUCUGACUGUGCCUUCAUGGUAGAUAACGAGGCCAUCUACGAUAUCUGCCGUAGGAACCUCGAUAUCGAGCGUCCCACUUACACCAACCUGAACAGGUUGAUUAGUCAGAUUGUGUCCUCCAUCACAGCUUCCCUUCGUUUCGAUGGUGCCCUCAAUGUUGAUCUGACAGAGUUCCAGACCAACUUGGUGCCAUAUCCCCGUAUCCACUUCCCUCUGGCCACUUAUGCCCCUGUCAUCUCUGCGGAGAGGGCUUACCAUGAGCAGCUCUCAGUUUCAGAAAUCACCAACUCCUGCUUCGAACCAGCCAAUCAGAUGGUGAAGUGUGACCCUCGCCACGGCAAGUACAUGGCUUGCUGCCUUUUGUACCGUGGUGAUGUGGUGCCCAAAGAUGUGAAUGCUGCCAUUGCCACCAUCAAGACCAAGCGCUCCAUCCAGUUUGUGGACUGGUGCCCCACUGGUUUCAAGGUUGGCAUCAACUACCAGCCGCCCACUGUGGUUCCUGGUGGCGACCUGGCUAAGGUCCAGAGGGCUGUGUGCAUGCUGAGCAACACCACUGCUAUUGCAGAGGCCUGGGCUCGGCUUGACCACAAGUUUGAUCUGAUGUACGCUAAGCGUGCCUUUGUUCACUGGUAUGUAGGUGAGGGCAUGGAGGAGGGAGAGUUCUCUGAGGCCAGAGAGGACAUGGCAGCUCUGGAGAAGGAUUAUGAAGAGGUUGGAGUCGAUUCCAUUGAGGGUGAGGGAGAAGAGGAAGGAGAGGAGUAUUAAAAGGGACUUUAAAGCACAAGCUAAACGGGAAACAAAUUAUUUAAUUUGUUCUUAAAUACAUUUCAAACAGAAAUGUUUGUCUAUUCAUCACCAGUUUGGCUAUGUUCAGAGUAAAAAUCCAUUAAAAUGUGAGUUUUGCUCUGUCCUAAAUAAAAUUCCUGUAACGAGAA